AUUAUUUAAAAACUUAAUGCAAAAAUGAAGAAGCUGUGUAAAACUUAUUUAUCCACCGUUCAAUUAAGAAAGCACGACAAUCUCUUUCUAAUAGGGCAUAAAUCUAAAGCCGUCAUCGAAGAAAUUUAACUCUCUUCCUUUCCCCAACUUUCCCCCAACUAUAGAAUACUAUAAAUCUUGAAAUGGGUGCGAGAGAAGAUCAUCCCGAGACGAAUUUACAAAGUAACAUUUCCCGGACGCUAUUAAUUGACCAGCGUGAGCAAAGAGUAUGCGCAAAAGAUAUCCAACAGCGUGACCAGAACCUUGCACCAAUUUAAUCUGAUAGUGACGUAAAUUAUUCGAUCCAGGCCCUUUUUGAUAUCUACUCGCUGCCAGAGUAGAGAACGAGCAGUCGCACCUAAGGCAGGUAACUCGGUGGACGCUCCACCUUGGCAUUCCCUUGCUCAAGAGUUGGCCCUGCACCAGUCUCUGGCGCGCGCGCCUAUUGGACAAGGAGGCUGGAUCACGUGAUAUCACUUCCACACCGUCCCCCUCCUUUUUCGCCCUUAAACCAUGAAUUCAUCAUUAAUAAUAGAAAUAAAAAAAUAACGCAGAGAAAACGCUCAUCACAGAGAGACAACCAAAAAGAAUCUCCAGAGCUACCUGAACAGUUUGGCGAAUAUACCAGUUUGGAAUGCCGGGUAGUGACCAUCUUCGUGUAUCCACUACAACCGAGUACUUAGACCAGCAACAAACGGCGCUAUCUCAAGGUAGGAGCACCAGCUGAUAUGCCAGGCUUGAAUGUUUUUAGACCCUCGAGUGGCUCUCCAGCUUCAAGACGGCGAAUCCCACGACUUCAUCGCAGUGCCCGCAAGCGACCGAAGCUCUAUUUAAGAACUGGUCACCUGUAUACGUAACAACAGAACAGGAUCAUAAUAUGAGUUCAUACUAUACUAAUUCUUAUAUACCAGACCUCCGGAGUCCAGGAGGUGUUGAACAGUACAAUGGACAACCGGUGCAUAACCAACCAAAUGGUGAUAUGUGCGAUCAAGGCCAGAGACAAUAUAUACAGCCGCAAUACGCAUCGUCUCCUGUACAAGGGGCGACGUAUCCUCGAUUUCCCCCAUACGACAGACUCGAGAUACGUCCCAUCACAUCAUCGCCAAAUUCACCAAGCCCGCCGGGUCAGUAUUAUGGGAACCCGUGUAAUCAAGCACCACCGGGGCCUCCCCUACCUCAACCUGCACACCAACCACCACAACACGCACCAAUGAACCAUCCAAAUGCAUAUGUACCACAGGAUGGUCAAAAUAAUUGUCGGGGGUCCCCUCAUCAUGAUCCAAAUGGUUCACAACAUCCUAACAUGUCACCAGCUCAAUAUCCUAGCUGUAAAAUGCAACCUCAACCGGUUCCGCAUGGACCUCCCCACCAACAAGGUCUAGGUCAUGACCCAAAUGGGGUGGUCCACCGACAGGUGAAUUCGGAAUGCGGGCCGCCGCCCCCUCCACCGCCCAAUAACAUGCCCCCGUGCCAAAGUCCGGUUCAAUCUCCACAACAGCCCCCUCAGAUGUAUCAGAAUCAUGGUGGACCCCCACCCAAUCAGCAAGUUCAGCAACAGCAACAAGUUCAACCUCCUCAAGGUGGAAAUAUGCCCAGUCCACUAUAUCCCUGGAUGAGGAGUCAGUUCGACGACUGUUCUAAUUUGAAACCUAGUAUUUAUGGUAGAAAUCAAAACGAAUCGGAAACUUUUGGGAAAUUUCCUCAAGAAUUCAGAACGAAAAAGAGGUAGACAAACCUAUACCCGAUAUCAAACACUUGAGUUGGAAAAGGAGUUCCAUUUUAACCGUUAUUUAACAAGAAGACGACGAAUCGAAAUAGCGCAUGCACUUUGUCUCACAGAAAGGCAAAUUAAAAUCUGGUUUCAGAAUCGUCGAAUGAAAUGGAAAAAAGAAAAUAAAGCCAAACUGGAGGCUGGUUUGGCAAUGGGUCCUACGCCACCAGAACUGACACAUCUUGGUGAACAUCCACAGCAGUGAAUGCACAUCAACAACUUUGGUCCACUCUGAUUUUUUCAUCAAUCUAUAGCCACUGAAUUCAAACAGUACUUGGUCAGUAAAUGUAAGCCAAGUCAGAUUUCAAUUGCAAUAUUGUUUGCUCUUAUUAUUUUCAGUUAAUAUCAUAUGUAAAUGAAAUGCAUCUGUACUGACACUGAAUGCGUGACUUGCAAGAAAUGAGAAUAAAAGUAGCAAAUUUAAAUAUUUAUUGAUAUAAAGUACAAAGAAAUUAAGGCCCAGAAGUUGUCAAUAGAAAUUUUUCAAUAUUUGAAAUUGAGAAGUUUAACAAAAUAAUAAUUUGUAAAACUUAUACAAAUUCGUUGGAUAGGCAAUAUCGGUUUUAAUUUAUCUUAAAGGGAAACUCACCUUUAUUUCGAUAAAUUUAUUUAUUAAUGAACUUAGAAUUAAAGAUUGGAUUAUGAAAUCUGAACAACUGAAUCAAAA